UGUUAUUGUUGUUCUCAUCAUUGUUGAAACAUAUUGUUGUUAAGCAUAGUACUUGUUAAUUGGCAGCUGAGAACUGAAAAUACUGAAAAUUGGAAUAGCAAAGCGAAGCCUUAGGGUCCUGGCGAACAUGGACAGCACGCCGAUGACGUUCACCAGCCUGGCACUGCUGCUGCUCCUCCUCAUCAUGUGCGUCAUGUUCGCCUGCCACUGCCUGGGACCGCGUGCCGCCAGCUGGAUGCGCAUUCGUUCCAACAAGGAGGAGAAAAUCGGACUCUCCAAGCACAAACUAUUCCAUGCCAAUGGCUAUAUGGCCAGUAUACAAUCGGGCUCUGAGUUUUUGCUCAGCACCAGCGGCAGUUUCAAACGCUUCGACACCAUCGAUCGCGAGGAUCACAAUCGAGCCCAAGCAGCGCAGCAGACGCUGACGGAGGCGCCACAGCAGACGACGACGCCAUUGUGGAACCUACCACAAGCCGAUGUCAACAUACCCCCCCAGCCACUGCGUCCCGCACCGGCACCCAACAGUGCCGGGCCCAGCAGCAAGACUGUGACCUUCUCCUUCAGCCAAAUCAAUGAGCUCGGCUCGCCGACGACAGCAACGAUCGCCAGCGAGAGUGUGGAGCGUACGGAGCGGCGUUCCUGUUUGCGCUCGCCCUUGAAGAGUGGAGUGGUGCCGCAGCCGCUGGAGGCUCCACCGCCACCACGGCUGACCACAUCGGCAUCGGUGACACUCUCCUCCACCGCCAUACCGCGGCCCAUUGCCAAGCGACAGUCGCUGCAGCAGGGCAUCAAUCGAAGCUCGGAGUUGGUGUUGACCGAGAAUGAAGCUCAGGUGGUGGCAACAACGACGACUACGACUUCGAAUUCGGAAAGACGUGCUCCCGUUUUGACGCGCCGCAACUCGAGCACAAAUCCGUUUCUAUGCGAGUCCACUGAGAGCCUGCAGUCCCAGUCCCAACCACAACUGCAACCAAAAGCACAACCACAAUCUCAGUCGCAAGCACAGCACAAUGGCAAUCCUUUCGUAGAGCCACCCACACCUGCAACCACUGCCACAGACCUCUCCAGCCGUCUGUUGAAGCUUCAAGGCACCACAAACCCCUUUACGGGUCUCUCGCAACGCGUCAAGGGGCCCCACAUGCUGCAGAAGACCAUUUCCGAGGACUUUCUCUUCCGCAAACUCGGAGUUAACGGUCACAUGAAUGGCUUCCUGAACGGCACUACAAAUGGCAAUACGAAUGGCAAUAGCACCUGGUGCUUUGGUCGCUCUCUGCUGCGUCAGGACUCGACGAACAGCCUCGGCCUGGGACGACGCAACAGCUCGCAACUCUCUCUGGAUUCGACGGCCAGUGGUUUAGGAUCCAUGGAGAGCAUCAAUCGGGCCAUCUCUUGCGAGUCAGUCAACUCGGACUCGUCCGUAUUUCAAUGCGAGCUGGAUCAGCCCUAUACACAAAUUACAGGAUAUCUCUGCAUUGGCCUGCAGUACGACAAGAACAGCAUCACCAACGAGGGCAUGGAGCUUACUGUCAGCGUGCUGGAGGCCAAAGGCCUAAUUUGUCCCUUCAGUGUAGAGUCCUUGGACACAUUUGUGCGCAUUUAUUUGGUGCCCGAUCAUGCUGGGGCUAUGCAAACAAAGGUGGUGAAGUGCUCGCUCACGCCCAGCUACAAUGAGAACUUCAACUUCUGGCUGAAGAAGCAGCAGGGUCGGCACUCGCUCUGGUUCCACCUCUACCACAAUGGACCGGCCCACACCCUAAUCGGCGAGGCCGAAAUGGAAAUUGGUGAAAUGCCGCGCCCCAUCACCACCUGGAUACCCCUGACGGACUCACGCAAAUGCAAUGCACGCUGGGGCGAGCUUAUGUUCUCCCUCAGCUAUCUGCCCACGGCGGAGCGCCUAACCAUAGUGGUGGUCAAGGCACGGAACCUCAAACUGGACGUGGAACAGACGCCAGUGCAGCACGUUUUCGUCAAGGUCUAUCUGAUGAACAACGAGAAGAAGGUGCUGAAGAAGCGGACGUCGCUGAAGCGUAAGGACCGCUGUCCCAUCUUCAAUGAGUCGAUGAUCUUCAGCAUACCGCCGCACAGUCUGACUACCGUGCAGCUCCGCCUCACCAUUUUCGGCGUCAUGGACAGCAAUCUGAUUGUGCCACUCGGCCAUGUCAUUGCCGGCAGCUGUGCCGUGGGAAAGGGUCUUCGUCACUGGCACCAAAUGCUUUCAUCUUUGCGCAAGCCCGUGGCCAUGUGGCAUGUUCUGCGGCGUGCGGUUAAUCAGCCGAUAUUCACGGGCGGUGCCGAGGCGGUGGUUGCGGCUAUGCAGAGCACUUUGCAGCGGGCGGGCGCGAAACGCAACAGCAUUGUCUAGGAUCUGAGGAAGGUCCUAGCUGCAUGCUCCCAAUGCUCGUCCUCU